AUGAGCGAGUCGGCGGUUCUUGCGCGGGACGCCCAUCCCUCUCCCACCUGCAUGCCGCGCCUCCCCUGCCUUUCCCCCGCUUCCGCUUCCGCCAAGCAUGCCGCCGCCGCCGCCGCCGCGCCCCUCCUUUCCCCCGAAGGCCCCGGCGGGCAACCCGAUUCGAGCGCGACGGAAGAGGGGAAGAGCGCAGAAGCGCAGCGCGCGUGCCGCGUGAGCGUGGCGGUUCUGGCGGUGAAAGACUUGAAGGAUGGGGCGAUUAAGGACGUCAUCGACGCGGCGCGGCAGGCUGCGAAUCUUCUGCAAGUGCCGACUAUGGCGCUGAUUAAAGUGGAAAACUCGCACUUUUGCACCAAGGAGAUAAAGGGGAAGUUGGCGGAGGGUAAGGGGAAGGCGGGGGAGAAGGGGGGGAAAAAGGGCAAGGGGGAGGAUGGAAAAGGGGGAGCGGCGGAUGGGGAAGUGCAAGCGGAAGCGCAGACGGUUGAAGCGCAAGCGGAAACGCAGGGGGAAGUGCAUUCGGGGGAAGCGCAAGCCGCGGAAGGGCAGGCGGAAGGGCUGAUAGAAGUCAACCAGGGGCACGCGUUCACAGUAAAAGACGAAACCACCGCGACCGUGUCCGUCGCGCUCGUGCACUGCGCGCUGGGGCGCGGCGCGGUGGCGAUCGGGCUGAAGCAGGUGGUCGGCGCCAUCGAGCCGCUCUCCGUCGCGUCGCUGCUCGAGCUCGAUCCGGAUAAGGCGGUCGAGCCGCGGUGGUACGACCUCCGCGCGCCCACGGGGAAGAAGGGCGCGGUCGUGGGGCGGGUUCUGCUGCAGGCGGUGGCGGCGCGCGCGCCUCCGGAGCAGCGCGUGUCGCUUUUCAUCGGCUCCUGGAACGUGGGAAACGCGCCGCCCGCGGCGGAUCUCUCCCCGUGGCUCCCCGUGAGCGGCAGACACGAUCUGAUCGCGAUCGGAUCGCAGGAGUGCGAGUACGCGCCGCGCGCGGGGCAUGCCACGUGUAUGGACGACUGGGUGGCGUGUAUCCGGACGCAUUUCGGCCCCAGAUACCGCCUGGUAAAAGGCGCCUCGAGAGGGCAGAUGCGCCUCGUCGUCCUCGUCCUAGACUCCUCCCAACGAGCCGUUACAAACGUAAUGGAAGAAAGCAGUGCGGGAAUGAGCGGGAAAGGAGGGGGGGCCAAGCCGGGCACGAGUCGCAUGCAAAACAGCUCUAGUGGUGAUGACGUGGCAGCAGGGGGCGGGGGAGAAGCGGGCGCUGCGAUUGGUGCAAGCCUCCGGAGCUCCCCCGGGGGGGAUUUGUGCAACGGGCGGGAGGAGGGGGGCGGAAUGGGCGCGGGCGCGGGGGAAAGGGGGAAUGGAGGAGGGGAGGGCGGGGUUGGAGAGGGGGAAGUGGUUGGGGAGGAGAGGAACGGGGAUGGUGGUGGGAUGGCUGGAGGGCAGCUGAGUCCGAUGCUGGGAGGAGGGGGAGGAGGGGGAGGAGAGGGAAUGAGAGAGGAAGGAGCGGCGACGCCUGGGGAAGGGGGUUCGACGCCGGGAGGAGGGGAGGAAGGGGAUUCGACAGCGAGCAAGGAGCACAAGCGCGUGCUGAGCGCGGGGAGCCUGGCGCUGUUCCGAGGAGGGGCGGGCCAGGAGAAGGUCAGCAAAGAUGCGGCGUCUCUGGCAUCGAAGAAAUCACAGGAGAAACAAGCGCGGGCAGCGGUGCAUGAGAGCACAUUGGAGCAGAUCCGAAACAGGGAGUUUAACGCUCUACUGGAGUACGACGAGUUGCAGCGGGAGAUCCGGGAGAGCCGUGGCUUUUACAAGUUCCAAGAAGCUCCGAUUACCUUCGCGCCCACCUUCAAGGUGAUUCGCAACGAGGUGGGUAAGUACAACAGCAAGCGGUUGCCAGCGUGGUGCGACCGUGUCCUCUGGCGCUCCCUGCCCGGCUGCCAGCUCGCGUGCACUCGAUACGAUGCCGCUCAUGACGUGGGGAGCAGCGACCACAAGCCAGUGCUAGCAGAAUUCGAGCUCACCACGCACGCCCUGCCAGUGGGGUUGGACCCCGCUGAUGCCCCACUGGUGGCGGCAGAGGAGGGGGCGGUGGGGGCGGUGGUGCGCCGGCUGCACCGCAGUGCUUCCUCCCGGCAUGGUGACAUGCGCUGGCACAUUCAGUUCUCAUCCCUCAUGGGCUCUGAUCUCCUCUCAGCUGAUGCAAACGGCCUCUCCGACCCCUACGUGCGAUUCACGGGCCCCAAUCUGCAGCACAGCUCUCACACCAAGCCGCGCUACAAGACACUGAACCCCGUGUGGACACCAGAGGACAUGUCGAGCAUUGUGUUGGAGAACCUCUCGUUACAGUCACACGAGAAGGACUACCUGCUGGCAGCCAUUCUCGACCAUGACGUUACCAACCAAGAUGACCCCAUAGGUUUCACAACCAUCCCACUGGCCCCAGCAGUGCACGCCCUGAGAGCCAACAACGGCUCUCCCUUUGUGGACUUUAAGGUGGAAGUUACACACAAGGGCAUGCCUGCAGGGCACCUUCAAGGAAGCUUCCGGCUGGCGUGGGCUGCAACCAAGCACCGCAGCAGCAAGUGCGCUCAAAUGUGA